CCCUCUGCCUUCGUGGGUUAUAAGUAUGUGAUCAAGUUUUACUUCCAUGAAUACAUAGGAGUGCAAGAAUUUGAGCAAUAAUGAAUACUCAAAGUGGUGUAGACGACAAUACAAUGCUAAUAGGCCAGGCACAAAUAUGGCGUUACCUAUACGGAGCUUUUGACGCCCUUGCUAUACGAAGCUGUAUUGAGCUCCAUAUUGCCGACAUAAUAAGCAAUCACAGCCGCCCUACUUUGUCAGAUAUCGCCACUGGUAUCGACUCUCCCUCAAUAAAUCUUGAUGGGCUUGAACGACUCAUGGGGUUUUUGGUUCACAGAAAGGUGUUCGAUGAAGAAGAUGGUGAGGGAGAAAGAGUUUACUCCCUGAACCACUGUUCUAAGUGGUUGUUAUGCAAUACGAAAAUGUCUUUAGCACCGUUUGUUAUGAUGUUUACAAACCCAAUCAUGGCUUUGCCUGCGUAUGCGGUAACUCGAUCAGUUAAAGAAGGUGGUGCUGCGUUUAAACUGGCCCAUGAGGAAGAACUCUUUGAUUUUCUUUCGCAUAACUCAGACAUCAAUACCAUUUACAACGAGGGUAUGGAAUCCGUUACUAAUAUCAUGAUGGAUGCCAUCAUCUCCGGUUACAAGAAUAGAUUUCUUGAGUUGAAAGGAAGCUUGGUGGAUGUUGGAGGUGGUACUGGUGUGGCAAUAUCUGAGAUUGUGAAGGCAUAUCCACAUCUUAAAGGGAUCAACUUUGAUUUGCCACAUGUUAUUUCCACAGCACCAACAUAUGAUGGGGUUACCCAUGUGGCUGGUGACAUGUUUGAGGCCAUCCCUCCUGCAGAUACGAUCUUCAUGAAGACGAUCUUGCACAGUUAUAGCAAUGAUGAUUGCGUGAAGAUACUUACAAAUUGUCGAAAAGCGGUGCCUAAGGAAACUGGAAAAGUCAUUAUGGUGGAGAUUGUUAAAGACCAGAAAGGAGAUGAUCCUUUCAACGAUAUACGUGUUUCAUUUGAUCUAGCCAUGUUUACACUCGUUUCUAGUGGAAGAGAACGAACUGAAGGCGAAUGGGAGAAAUUACUCAGUGAUUGUGGGUUUUGCCGUUACAAUAUCAUUAAAAUUCCCGCGCUUUUCUCGGUUAUAGAGGCCUUUCCAUAAUAAACUAAUAAGAUCAACUUCUCUAGUAAGUGAAUGUUUAAUGGCAAUCCC